AAGAAGGAGGCUCCUCCCACUCAAGAUGGCGACCUAGAGGAUGAAUCCACGCUCGUUUGUUGACAUAUGUUCAUAAGACAAGUUUAUGCGAAAGUGUUGGAUUUAAAACUAUUACAAGUAUGUCGAGACUCAUCGUUAAAAACCUCCCAAAUGGGAUGAAGGAGGAGAGGUUCAGGUCCAUGUUUGCUGCUUUCGGCACUGUGACUGACUGCUCUCUCAAGUUCACUAAGGACGGCAAAUUCCGCAAGUUCGGCUUUGUGGGUUUUAAAGAUGAAGAAGAUGCGAACAAAGCAUUGAAGCAUUUCAAUAAGAGCUUCGUGGACACUUCCAGAGUGAUGGUGGAGAUGUGCAAAGCAUUUGGAGAUCCCACUAAAGCCAAAGCCUGGAGCAAACACACCCAGAGCUCGGGCCCGGACAAGCCCACUACUCCUGCUGACACUGACAGCAAGAAGAAAAAGGAACACAAAAAGGAAACCACAAGCACACUUGGAAAUCUGGAAGAGGAUCAGGGCUUCAAGGAGUUUCUGUCAGUACAUCAGAAUCGAAGCCAAGCACCAACCUGGGCGAACGACAGCAUGCAGCAGACGGCUGAUCCUGACAGUGGACGGGCGAAGACUCAGAGCAAAAAGAAACCUGCUACAGAUGAUUACCUCAACUUCGAUUCAGACCAGUCAGAGGAAGAGGAGGAGGAAGAGGGUGAUGAAGAUGAAGGUGCCAGUGAAGAAGCACUGGAGUCUGGGUUAUCAGAUAUGGAGUACCUGCGUUCUAAGGUUGCACAAACAGAUGACACCAUGGAGGUAAAUGAAGAGGAGGAUGGUGAUGAAGGUGCUGAUGGUGAGGACGGUGUUCCUGUACAGCACACGGACAGUGCCUAUGAAAGUGGAGACAGAGAAAACGUCUCAAAAAAACAAACCUCAGAUUCCUCUGAGAGCAAGAAACAGAGCAAAGCAAAGACGACAGCCAAACAGGAGACGGAGCCUGUGACAGAGUUCACGGUCAAGCUGAGAGGAGCUCCAUUCAACGUGAAAGAGCAACAAAUUCGAGAGUUCAUGACCCCGCUGAAGCCCGCAGCCAUCAGGAUUGGGAAGAAUGAAAGUGGAAACAGAACCGGUUACGUUUAUGUGGACUUGCACUCUGAGGAUCAGGUGGAAAAGGCCUUGAAGAAGAAUAAAGACUAUAUAGGUGGGCGUUAUAUUGAGGUCUUCCGUACGGAUGCCUCGGCGGGGAAGGCCAAGAGAGACAAGAAGAGCAAGGAAAUAGACAGAAACUUCACCAGGAUACUCAAGGAGGAUGAAGAGGAGGAGGACGUUGCAGAGUCAGGUCGACUCUUCGUCAGGAACCUUCCUUACACCUGCAGUGAGGAGGAGAUCAAAGAACUAUUCACUAAACAUGGCCCACUAUCAGAGGUGCUCUUUCCAAUUGACAAUCUCACAAAGAAGCCUAAAGGAUUUGCUUUUGUGACGUACAUGAUACCAGAAAAUGCUGUGACAGCUCUGGCUCAGCUGGACGGACAUAUAUUUCAGGGCAGGAUGCUUCACCUGCUCCCCUCCACACUGAAGAAGGAAAAGACGGACUCUUCAGAUGCUGGCGGCCCUGGCUCUUCUUCUUUCAAACGGCAAAAAGAUGCUAAAAACAAAGCUUCAAGUUCCAGCUCCCACAACUGGAACACCCUUUUUCUGGGCACAAGUGCAGUGGCAGAUGCCAUCGCUGAAAAAUACAACACGACAAAAAGCCAAGUGCUGGACCAUGAGUCAAAGGGAAGCGUUGCAGUGCGGAUGGCUCUGGGAGAGACGCAGAUCGUUCAAGAGACUAGACAGUUUCUGCUCGACAACGGUGUCAGUUUGGACUCCUUCAGUCAGGCAGCAACGGCGAGAAGUACAUCAGUGAUCCUGGUGAAGAACCUUCCGGCUGGAGUGACAACAGCAGAGUUGGAGGAGCUUUUCUCACCUCAUGGCUCUUUGGGUCGUGUCCUUCUGCCGCCCUCUGGACUCACUGCCAUCAUCGAGUUCCUGGAGCCAACUGAGGCGAAACGAGCCUUCACUCAGCUCGCCUACAGCAAGUUUCAGCACGUCCCGUUGUAUUUGGAGUGGGCCCCUGUGGGAGUGUUUGUUGCAGGCAAACCAAAACCAGUAUUAGAAAAAGAGGAGGCAGUGACGAAGGGCAAAGAUGAAGUAGAAGAAGACGAAGAGGAGGAGGAAGAAGAGUCUGCCCCGGGUUCCACGCUUUUCAUUAAGAAUCUUAAUUUCAGUACUACAGAGGAGAAACUACAGGAGACAUUCUCCAAAUGUGGCAAAGUCAAUUCCUGUUCCAUCUCGAAGAAGAAAGAUAAAACAGGAAAGUUAUUGUCCAUGGGCUACGGUUUUGUCCAAUAUCAGAUGGCGGAGGCGGCACAGAAAGCCUUGAGGCAGCUCCAGCACUGUAUGGUGGACGAUCAUCAGUUAGAACUGAAGAUAUCUGAGAGAGCCACAAGGACCACUGAGUUGUCUCGUAAGAAGAAGCAAGUUGAGAAGAAACAGACGGGAUCGAAGAUCCUCGUGAGAAAUGUGCCCUUCCAGGCCACUGUCAGGGAAAUUCGGGAACUCUUCUGUACAUUUGGAGAGCUGAAGACAGUCCGUCUUCCAAAGAAAGCAGCUGGUUCAGGGAAUCAUAGAGGCUUUGGCUUCAUUGACUUCCUUACUAAACAAGAUGCUAAGAAAGCGUUUGCGGCGCUGUGCCACAGCACCCAUCUUUAUGGGAGACGCCUUGUGCUGGAGUGGGCUGAUGCUGAGGAAACAGUAGAGACUUUGAGACGGAAAACAGCCGAACAUUUUCAUGUGGCUUCCAAAAAGCAGCGAAAAGCAGAAGUUCUGGAAGGAAUUCUGGAAACAAUGGAAACUGGAGGGGCUGUGGAAGACUGAGUUUCCUUUGAGCUGUUGUUGAAGCCUUGACUCGACUCUGACCAGAGCUCCUGUGAUUUUCUAUAAAAACUAGAAUAUGUACAAAAUAAGGUCCUGAGUGGCAUGUGCCAAGCAGAUGUAAUGAAUUUACCAGCUGUUCACAGCAAUGCUGCUGAUAUAAAAGCCUUGAACUUCUGA